AACAGCUGAUCGUCUGUUCAAAGUUCGAAAUUGUUUAGGCGGGCCUAACAUGUGGAUUGCUACUUUGUCCACCGAUUCUAGAAAAACGUGUUUCGUUACAGUCCCUCAAAAAUGGGGAGUCAACUUCAAUCAGAUGGUUACAAUAAAAAUUCAGCAGUCCAAUAUUUCUGCUCCUCCUGUGUAUGCUACUUGCAUAGGUGAAAAUGGUCUUCCAGGAGAUGAAAAUGUGGUGAUAGGUACUCAAUUUGCCAGAUUGAAUGGUUUGGUUACUGAUGUGGAAACAGCAUUUGAAAUUUUUCCGAAGAAUGUUCCAAUAUUAUCUUCAGUCAUAGCGGAGCCAUGUUUGGAGGAGGAUUGGGAAUUACUAGAGCUGAACAUUGAACAAAUCCAAUCUGAGCUCUUGAAUAAAAUUCGUGUUGUUUGGGUUGGAGCAAAAGUUCCCAUAUGGCUGAGUGAUUUUGUUAGUCUUUCUAUAGAAAUAAUUGAACUUGAUCCUAAGGAAACUACUGGAUUAUUGGCUACAGACACUGAAAUCCAUGUGUGCCCUCCUAAACCUAAACCCUAUGUAGGCCCAGUGGUGGACAACCAAAUAUCUCCUUUGAAGUCAAUCCUCUCACAUCUUCUGAACCAUCAUUUCCCAAAAACACCAGAAAAAUGUGCUAGUACUGUUCUAGAACUGCGAGUGCUACCAGUUGAAGAAAAAGAAACUUUUCACAAAUUAGCACUUGAAAACAAUGCUAAUAUUGUUUUACAACCUUAUCAAGCAUUUUUGUCUAAAACCCACGAAUCCACUCUUGACAAGACGCAAGACUGUAUUGGCAGCAUUCAAAAUAACGAACGCACUUCAUAUUUUAACAUCCAUUUCGUUGGAAGCAGUCAUAACUGGCCCAUUUAUCCCAACGCCAUUUACCUUUCAGAAAUAGUUAUUCGCCAAUUAAAUUUAAACUUGAAGCAGCGUGUGCAAGUAGUCGUUCAAACAGACGAUCUCCCUAACCGAUGCGAAAAUAUCAGCUUUUACACAUUUGUCCAGGAUUAUGAUUUAAAAGAACUUGAAAAGGAUGUUAAAAUGUGGAUGUUGUCAGUAACUAAAGACAAAGUGAAUCUUGUUAUUAACCAUGGUCAACAUUUGGACAUUCCUUGUAUCGUGAAGGGAAAAACUAAUCGCAUAUUCACUGGAAUUCAAUCAAAAAGCCCCAAUCCUAGAUUUUGCCGCGUUGACGAAACGGCUCUAACCAAGAUUCUUGAGAAGCUCAAGGUUAUACGCAUCCGAAUACAAAAUGCGCCUCAGUAUCUACAGCUGCUAGAAAACGAUCCCGUUAGAACAGCGAAAUCUGAAGUUCCAUUGGGAGGAGUUACCAAUCUACUCGAAAAAGCUACCAACUUCUUGAAAAGCGGAUUGGGACUUAUUAACAACAGUUUAUGCAGUUCUUGUACCGGAUGCCGUCAUGGAAAUUUGCUUCUGACGGGACCACGAGGAUCGGGAAGAACUAGCAUCGCACGCAAUCUUUGCAACCAAUUAGAAAGCCAGCCAUUUUAUGUUCAUACCGUUUUUAUCGACUGUGCUUCACUAAAAGGUAAGCGAGCAGAAACACUUCAACGUGACUGGGAAGUAAUGUUUCGACAACUAAUCGAUCGGGAACCUUCACUGCUGGUGUUGGAUGAUCUUGAUCUGUUAGUGAGUGCACCACAAAACGACCAAGAUGAAACACUCAACGGAGAAGCAUGGUAUUACAAGAGAAUUUCAGCUUUGAUCAUUGAACUUGUUAAGAGCACUCCAUUCCUAAAUCAAGUAAUGAUCAUUGCUACAGCCAUAAACGGUAAAUCACUGCAUCCUAGGCUUUAUAACUACGAAUCGAGUCAUUUGUUUACAUGCGAAUUAAUAAUCCCUCCCCUCACUAAUGAUAUGAGAUUAGAAAUGGUUCGAAAACUGUUGGAAACUGAUGGUUUGAAUGUUGAGGAAGAUAUCAACCUCACUUCUAUAACCUCUAAAAUGGAUGGAUACGUUGCUACUGAUGUCCGUCAUCUAAUAGAUAAAGCGACGCAUCUCGCUGCUUCUGAAGCAGGUUCUCUUAAAGAGAUUUUGGUGAAAGCCAAACACUUCGAACUUGCUGUGGAAGAUCACGUUCCGAUCGGGUUGCAUGGCAUUGAUUUGAAGCCUUCGGUUGACAACCGUAUCGCCUGGAGUGAUGUCGGGGGGCUCACUCAUGCGAAAAAGAUAAUAGUAGAAACCCUCAAAUGGCCAACUCAAUAUCCAGAGUUAUUCGCCCAUUGCCCCCUUAGACUGAGAUCGGCCCUUCUACUCUAUGGGGCCCCUGGAACUGGCAAAACAAUGUUGGCUCGCGCUGUGGCUACCGAAUGCCAAGUCAACUUUAUUAGUAUUAAGGGCCCGGAAUUGCUGUCCAAGUAUAUAGGAGCUAGCGAAGAAUCCGUCCGAGAGACAUUCCGACGAGCCAGGAGCGCCAAGCCCUGUAUCCUAUUUUUUGAUGAGUUCGACAGUCUUGCUCCCAGGCGGGGUCAUGACAGCACAGGUGUCACGGAUCGGGUUGUCAAUCAGAUGCUCACAGAAUUGGACGGGGUGGAGGGCCAAGAAGCAGGUUUAUGGGUGCUGGCAGCCACAUCUAGACCCGACUUGAUUGACCCUGCCCUUCUCCGUCCGGGCCGUUUCGACGUCUCGGUCCGUUGCCCUCUACCGGACAAGGAUGAAAGGUUAGACAUCUUGAAGGCGCUCAGUUCUAGACUUCAUCUCCUUGACGACGUCCGAUUGGAUGAAAUUGCGUUCGAGACGGAAUAUUAUUCGGGCGCAGACCUGCAGGCGGUCCUAUACACUGCCCAGUUAAAAGCUGUACAUCAGCGGACUCAAGGCGACAACAACAAACCUUCUCCAAUUCAUAUCACUCAUCAGUUGCUGGUGGAUGCGCUGCGGGAGACUCGGCCAUCGGUCACGGUUUCGGAGCGGCAGCGCUACGAUCGAAUCUACGAGAACUUUGACUCCGGACACAGCGAUAACAACGAGCAGCCAGGUCCCGCACGGGUCACCCUGGCAUGAAAAGGAAAGAAAGAAGACCGGGAGGGGGAAGAAGACGGCAAUCUGCAUUAUUCGUCUUCUACUAGCGACGUGGAUCAACUUCACUCACACAAGAAAAUGACGGGUAAUGGCCGUCUGUACUCGCCAGGUGAUGGGUAGGUUCCGGUAGGCGGGGCGUAUUGCGAUAACGAUAGGGGAACGAUGCCCGAAAGGGCCACCGCCGCUGCCGCUCCAUUGGCUACUGAAUUACUUGCCGCCUGUCCGGCCGCGGCCGCCGCAGCCGCUUGACUGUAGUAGCUGGCCAAAGCCGUUGGGUUGGAGAAUGGAGAGCUGGAUGAGUGGAUGCCGGAUGGCGAAGAUCCAUCGGAACGUUCACCUUUGACGGUGGCUGAGCCGUCCAUCGAUCCGUUGCCGCCAGAGCCUUCGGAGUUGCUGCUGCUGUUGUGCUGGUCAUGCUGGGCACCCUUGCUUUCUCCGUAAAUCGACUUGGCUGCAGCGUCCAUAUAGGCCCGUUGGACUUCGGCGGCGUAGUUCUUGGAAUCCAUGUACAGCUUGGCCGUCUCCAGUUGGUGCCGUCGCUGGCUUUGCCUCCGCUCAGCUCUGGCAAAAAGGUCAAAUUCUUCUGGGAACCUCCCUCAUUGCUGCUUCCGCUCGUGUUGAAUCCUUUACCGGACGAUUCCAGGUACUUGGCGGCAGCCGCAGCUGUCACAGGAUCCACCGAUCCUGCGCUGUGGCCGUAAAGGUGCUGAUGGCCAGCCAUGUAACCGGCAGCGGCGCGAUAUUUCUCUGCUUCAGCCGAGUAGCGAUCCAGCGAUGAACCAACCUAAACGAUUUUGGACCUUGUCGAUUUCUUCCAACCGAACAGGACGCCGCCGUCGUUAAUUUCUCUCAACCGUGUCUUUUCUCCACUUUUCUUUACACCUUUAAACUUCUCGUCUGACCUGAGAGACAUGGACCCCAGAACCCCCGCUAGUAACAACUCACCCGGAAUGGAUGUCACAAGUGAACUGUACGUGAAUUCUGAACAAAUUGAUGGCCGCUGUGACUAUUUUCUACUGGUGCUGUUUGAGAUGGGUGCCUGACGGGACGUGUUCCAGUUGACUGAUCCAUUUCGUUUUCGCAGGGUCCUCUGUGUACGACUGGUGAAUGAAGGGAGCGUCGAGGUGAGAGGUCAUUGCCACUGAUGCCUAUUGUCCGUCAUUUUAAACACCAUCUAUCGAAAAAAAGGGAAGAAAAAGCCAAUGGUAUUUCUUUCUAAUUCUUCUUCUCCGCUUCAGUGUCCCUCUCGUUCAAUGCGUGUACACAAUCGAAGAAUAUAAGAAAAGGGAGUCUAUCCCGGCUCCGGUUUGUCUGGCAAAACGACACGGUUUUUUUUUUUUUACUCCUUCUUCCAGUCGCCCAAAAAAAUCAGGUACAACACACACGCACAAUGGGGUCCAGGGCAUUGGGGCCAGGAGCAACAGGAGCUAUGCCUCAGUUGAGAUGAACCGAGUUUGGGGAGGAUUGAGGGACGGACCAUAGUACCGUAAGUCAGUAGUAGUAAGGGACUGUGAGCUCUUCGGUUUGUAUGGGCGAGUAUAGUUGGCGUACAUUCACUGUACGAUGGUGUCGCUUCAUUGAAGCCGUUUCCAGAGUGAAUGUCCUCUCUCUCUCCCCUCUCUUGCACUGUCGCUCAGUGAAAAACCGCGCCCUUGUCCUGUCCAGGAGACACGUACAAUUGUAACAGAGAGAAAGCCAGAUAGGAAAAAAAAGAAGAGAGAACACAGUAUAUUUACUACGUAGUUGUAGUGAAUCACCACCGCCACAGUCAGUUUUUUUUUCUUCUUUCCUCUUUCGUGUGACGGCAAUUGUAUCAUAAAUUUCUUUCUUUGCAUUAUAUUAGUCCCCUUCUUCCUCUUGUUACUCUUGUUUGAUACCUUCCCGUUUCUGUGAAUGAGACUGUCUCUAGUUUCCCUCGACAUUUGGAGGGAGAAAAAGAACUUGUACCUGCAACUCUGCAUUUCCCUAUUUGUUUUCUUUCCUUUGCAGUCGUGUAUGCAAUGUCCUAACUGAUUUGAUUCCCGACGGCCCCCAACCUAUUAUCCCAUCGCUACAGACCAGUCCGUAUUUUGUAGUGUGAGAGAGUAUCCGGGGUCAGACGUCUGGUGAUAUAUCCACAAACUGUACAUACACGGGGCGCUUUUGUGUGUAUCCGCCCCCUCACCAGACAGUCGGAUGUGUGCACAGUAUGCUACAUACACACAUUCACCCAAUAGUGUACGCUGAAAAAGAAUCGCUAUCUAUAAGCUUCUUUUUCGGGCUACAGACGAUUUUGUUUGCUUUCUCGCUGUUUUUUCACAAAUGUUUUCUUCUCUUUAUUGGAGGCUCGCUAUUGAAUUUCAUCGUCUGAUCUCAAUAAUAAAAAAACGAAUGCCCAAAAUGCUAUUAUUUCGGAUCGGUAAAGGUUAUAUAGAGACUCCCAUCGGAGAAUCACUCCUAUAAACGCACCAAUAGCCUAUGGAAUGAAUGACACUGGGAUGGCUAAACAAAAUUCUUCGACGUCUGAGGUUUUUGAAACUUUUUUCCUAGUAUUAACUGGAAAUAGUUUAGGCGGAUGCCAGAGUUGAUCGUGUCGUAAAUGGAAGAAAGGUCAAAGACGCUUAUUUUUUUUUUUCUUUUCUCCUUUUGUUGUCGCAAAGUUGUCUGUCGUUCCCUUCUUUUGAUUCUUUUCUUCCCAUUUCGGAGAAGAAGACGACGCUGUCAGAUGCAAAUGCUUUGCACGUGGGAGGUUUUUCUCUCUCUCUCUCUCAAAUCGCUGUUGUCGUCGUCGACGUCUCUAUAGAUUGAAAAGAAGUGGAGCGUAUAUGUCGUCCGCUCUUCUGUCCGUCGAUCUCUGCCCGUCUCUAUCUUCUUCUUCUUCUUCUUGGAUACAACAAGAGACAGCCUCAAACAUCACAUAGCGCCGCGUUUGAAUGCCGAUGUCGCCGGGAGUUGAUUGAUUUCGGAGCGCGUGCACAUUGAAAAGCGCCUCCUCUUUUCCUCCCCUCUUGAAACUCGGCUCUUAAAAAAGCGAUCCCCUUAUAUAGGAUGUUCGUAUAUUUACUAUUUAGAUGUGCAUACGUCUACCAUACACUCUGUGCUGAUAUUUGGAUUAGGAGACUCGGCGUUGCCUGUUCGAAAAAAAAAAUGCUGGCAGGACGAGAGGCUCGAAGUUGCGCCGCUUGGUGGCCGUAUAUAAGUUUCUCGGUUAGGAUAGGAAUCCAUCACGUCCGUUUCUUUUCAAUGGAAGGACCCCAGCGUGCCAUACCACCACAGAGCUGAUGUGAUGGCUCUAUCAAGAUUCCGCUCUUUUCCUGAAUGUUUGUCUCGUUCCUUUUUCCAUUUUCCCCGAUUCUCAGUUCCAAAUCAAAAUCCUGGUCGAUUCCCAUAUACGUCGUUCGCAAGAAUAUGAGUCUGGCCUCAAGUUUAGACUUUGUACGUAUCACAAGAAAACGAUCAUCCGCCCUGUUAUUCUUUUGAUAUCUAUACGUACACACGACUCGCAAUGCCUUUAAUGAGCCUCUUAUUCGUGCUGGUGGUAUCGAAAGAUACUCAAAUUCCGUUUAGUCUGGGCGCGGUGGUUUCAACAAUUGCGAAUUUUGUUCCAUUCAAGAGCCACGCCCGGCUGUAUUGGUGGUUUUUUGAAUGUCCGAGUUCUAUUUGAAAAAAAAAUCUAUUAUCGUGUAAAUGACGGGACGACUCCCAGAGGCGCAUUCCAAUCCAGCAGGGAAUCCAGGUGAUGGUGCAGAAUCUCUGACGACAUGAAAUGACACUUCAAAAAGAAAUGAUCAACUAGAACAUCUUGUGCCGAACGCAUCUGUCGCCAGAGAAAUCCGAUUUAGAUUGUAAGAAAAUCGUAAAGAAAAUGAAUUCUUUUUUUCACGUUUCUCAGAUCCUAUUGGGUUGACCUCGUCGUCCGGGGGUGAGAGUUUUCAUUCAUUGAUUUUUCUUCCCCUGACUUGUAGCGCUUUCUUUAUCUAAUAUAAGAACGAUUGAUGAUGGAAAAAAUAAAGCCGACUAUUCCGACUCAUGUGGCCCAAGUCUUGUUCGUGGGCUUCUGCCGCUUCUGUUGGCUCGAUGAGAAGGAGGUGACUCGGCAUAUUAAUAGUUGCCGGAUGAUGGCUGACGCUCGGUCUCCUGCUGCUGUCUCAUCCCGAUGGCCCCCCAACAACCACCAGGCAGCAACAGAGGCUAAUGAUCAACAGAAGAGAGAGGGGCGGCCUUCGUUUUUGUUGUUGUUGUCGUCGUCGUCGUCAUUCCUUCUUCCUAUUUUCCUAUAUUUUUUUGUAUGUGAGGAAAGGCCUCAUGCCGGGAUUGUGUGUCCGCAGUUGCUAUAACGUGCCCAUCACGAGGGAAUGAGGUGGUGUCCUAGGUGAGUUUUCCAGGGGAUGAAACAUUCGGGGUGGCCGAGACAGCAGAGACGAGGGAUCGACGUCAUAAGGAGCCUCGUAUUAUUCCAUGUGUGGGUGACACAUAGUGCUAUCUCUACACACUUUGCUUUUGAGCUUUUGAAAUCGACACGACCGCUCUGGCACACACACACACACACACACACACAGACACGGUUGUUUCUUCUCCUUUUAUUCCUUGGCCUAUUGUGUGUAAACGCCAAAGUCCUCGCUCCUAUUUCCUCUCUCUACACAAUUUUGUUUUUCUCACACGGUGCCAGGAUGAAACGCAACAAAAGAUUCCGUCAUUGCACGUAUAACCUUUCCGUCCCCCCCCCUUCUCACCUUUUCUCUUUUGCUCCGCUAUUAAUAUGUUAUUUAUUUAUUUGCGUCGGCUACAUACAAUCUCAAUCCGACGCUCGAUGCUAUUGUUGCGCCGAGGGAAACACAUUCGCUCGCCCCCAGGGUUUUCUUUUUCUUUUGUGUGACAUUGGCAAAGCCAUUUAAAUGUUAUUGACAGUGUUUGACAUACAAAUCAAACGAUAGAAUUCAACCAAGGUCCCCCUUGUAAAUCCAAUUCCCGAUUUUCUAUAUCGAUUAAUGAGGCUGAGUUUGUAGUCGAUUGUGUUCCUUCUUUACCGCAGUUGCGCAAUUUAUUAUUACAUCAUUCCGUUACUAGCGAUUCUUGAACAGUCGAAUGUCCUAAAAUAAAAAUCUUUUUUGUAGUUUAAUUCCUCUUGAGUUUUGUUGCUUGAUAAGCUGGUUAUUGUGACGCAAUGGGGCUUGUUGCAUUCGUCCUACGUUCUGUUGAAGAUUAUGAUGGGCGACGAGUCUUAAUGACAAACAUGUUUGCUGUAUUGCCCAACUUUGUUUAUCCUCUUUUGUAGUUAGGGAAACUAUGGAGCGCGUUCGAUGGUACUGUUCUGGUGGGAAAAUGUUGCACGCGGUGCACCUUUUCACCUGAGAAUGAGAGAGUGGGCAAACCCCUAUAAAUGAGGCUGGCUGGCUGGCUGCCUCUCUGUACAUUCUCAUUCUUGACCGAGAUGAGCUAGUUGGAACGCCAUGUGUUCCGACAAUCUAUUCAUUGAUGCAAUAGCGGAUGGUAUUGGAUUGGAACAGUAUAAAACAUCUCUAACGUGAUUUGGAGUGCGAGUUAGCGAGAACGAGCCAGCCGAACAUCCGUUGCAUCGUCCAUCCAUCCGCCUGCCCACCCACUUUCCUUCCUUCCUGGUAUCCAUUGAAAAAAGGAGAGGAUUACAUCCCCCGAAAGCUUCCCGGACAUCAUGUGCACAUGAAUAGCGGGGGAAUCGUAGCGUUGCAGCUCUCUUCCGAUUUUAGGGGGCGACUGGUGGAUGGAAUUUUCAGAUCUGCGAUGCACGUGCUGCUGGAUACUGGCCAUAAGGUGCCGCAUAAGUACCGUUUCCCAUAAUCCUCUCUACCCUCCAUCCUUUUUUUGAUGUGUUUCCACCCAGGUGAUAUGUUCCAUUGAUAAUGGUUCCAGCUAUUUUGCAGAUUCCACACAGAUUCGUACAAACAUUUGAAAUCUUUUUAUUUUUCGAUUGAAAAAUCGAAAAGGAGAUGGAAAAGAAAUGAUAAGUGGAAAAUGUGGUGUACGCGGGGCCGAUGUUCAAUAUAAUCUGACUUCUUCUUCUUCUUCUUCUCUCCUUGUCGAUUUGUCGGCACCAUUGUAUUUGAGCAGCGCAGGAAUAUCUCGCUUGCUCUCCCACAGGGCGUGAUUGACGUCCGAAAAUCCUCUUGACUCUUGACUGUCAUCUCCGCCCUCUUUCUUAUCAUCGCCUCUCGCGCAGCAUUCGGUGCGAAAUGAAAGAACAAGAACAAGGAGAACAUGAAGAGAUAUAUCCUCACGAUAGCAGCAAGCAAGGGACGGACUAUGCAUAGUACCGGUCUACUUAUCUUUUUUCUUUUACACUUUUUUGGGGGGGCUCUAGCGCAUGUAUACCUUAGAGAGAGAGAUUUCCGAGCGUGUUUUUAAGAGAAUAGGAGGUGAGUAAGGGUGUCUAAAGGCUUUCUUUUCUCCCCUUCUCUGCUUAGAUUCUAUUCUUCUCUCUUUUACACUAAAGUCUGUAGGGGUUGGAAUAGUAAUUUUUUUUUUUUUUCAAGGAACCCGGUCGAGCUAGACAGCUUGACGACGACGAGGUCGGUGGAAUCCUCAGGUGUGUGUGUGUGCUGAUUUCUAUCUCGUCCUUGUUCCCCUCUCUUUAUUUUCAUGGUUUUUUUUCCGAGAUUUUUUUAACGGACUCGAAAACUAAAAACGAAAACUCGUAGAGCUGCUGGAUGCUCGGCUCAGCAUGCGAGUGGAUUUCCCACGACUUGCCAAAGACUUGGCCGAAAUUGCCUUCUUUUUCUUCCUUGAUGGCGGCGAUCGAUAAAACUAAACUAAUAGAGACAAAUAGCUUGUCGCCCAUCAAAAAUAGGAAUACAAAGUUGUGUGACCUCAGAACUCUCGGGAAGAUGAUUUGUUUCAUUGCGACAUGUUUGAGGUUGACCUGUGCCAUUCAGGGACCGGAACCAAUGGACUCUUUUGCUACCUAAAAGAAACGGUGUCUUUAUACGGAUAUCAUUUCUUGCGCCAUUGGUAUGAGCCUUAUACGCUCUCUGUAAAUCCACUGACAAAUCCUCGUUUCACAGGUGUGUGGUGGUGCAUAUAGUGGCGGUGGUUUCUUCUUUCAUUUCUUCUUUUUUUGUUCUGUGGAAUGGGGGAGUCCCCUACUGAGUUGGCGCUUUGUUGAUCCCAGAAGCUGCUGUGUAUUGCUAUCAAAUAAACUUUGUGCUGGAGAAUAAAUAGAAUACAAGAGCUGCUGCGCCGGCCCAGGUGGUAGCGCUCUGUUCCUUCUUUUUUUUUUUUACACAGUGCUGUGUGCACUGCACCAUCGUCCAGCAUCACUUGUAGUGUAUUUAUAUACAAGGGGAUACCAUAUAGCGAUAAUGGCGUCCAUGGUUUUUUUCUUCUUCUUUUCAUUCUUAAAUGACAAUUUUUAUCGGUGAGGGAAGAAAGAGAGACCCCCCUACAAGAUGAGCCACAGCCGGAAGGAUGCGUUUUCAUUGUAACUGACAAUGACGACUUUUUCUUUUCAUUUGUGUUCUUCUUCUUUAAAUGCUGGGCAUUUUUUCUGGUUUCUUCUUCCCGUGUUUCAGCCCCUAUCCAUCGUUUCUUUUUUUUUCCUUUAUCGAAAUCCAUUCUUGCUAGUUUGUGUGUGUGUCUCCUCCUUUUGUCAGUGCACACUGAAUAUGAUGGCUAAGUGCCGAGUCAGCUUCUCCUUUUCUAUUUUUUUGGUACAUUUCAUAUCCACCCAUGAUGAAUGUCGUCCAAGAGGUUAGUAGAAUCGAAAGAAGAAGAAAAUGGACAAUUUUUUGGUCUUGGGGACGCUUUUUUUCCUCCCUAUUGAUAUACACUUCAACCAGCAACUGGAUCUGAUGGCCAUUUCUUUACAUUUAUUGUUAAACCGGAUCGAAUCCAUCUUUUAUGAUUUUUUUUUCCAGGAGGAAUGAAAAUUCCAGUUCUGUUUUUUUUUUUUUCUUCUUCUUCUGUCUCGUGUGUUUUGUCCAGCGUAUUGGGUGGUUUUUCCUUUUCUCGAUAAUUUUAUUCAUCCAAAGAACUUGUCACGAUCAACGCUCCAUUUCUAUUGAGGCGUUUUUGUACAUUCCAAUCGCGAUAAUAGACGGUUGCGCUAACAGGGCGAUUAUUUAGCAGCCGUUUAAUUGAUUCCCAUUUUUUUUCAUGGAAUAAUUCAAGUCGCAUUAUGCACGCAAAUGAGAAACGCACGCGCCGGAUUCUUUUCCUUCCAUUUCCUUUUGUGUAAACACGGGAGGGUAAAUCAACUGCUAGCACAGAUACACUCUUUUAAUGUGCCGUACAAUAACUGCGUGUUACAAAGCUGCGCCUCUUUUCUCCAAAAACAUGUUUUAUUCUUUCGGGACAUCCAGCGAUUACGGCCGGAUAUAUUUGUGUUGGUCCUCCACCUCUUGUCCGCGUGUUCUCAACUGCUGUUUUUCUCAACCGCGUCUCAGAAACAUUAUUCGUGUAUUACUUAUACAGAUGGUUCCUUAAAAAUAAGAAACGAUUUUCAAUUCUAUUCUUUUCGUUUUUUUUUUCUUCGUCGUCUCUUUUUAUGUGACCAGAGCGGUGGAUCCUUUGCUAUGCUAAUCAUUUUUCCUUUUUUUACUCUCUCUCUCUGUCCAAUUCUAUCUUGCGCAUGUUGUGUUUGGGCUGCCCUGUUACAAGCCCCGUGAGCGCAAUUUUCUUUACAGUUUCUUUUUUUUUCUUUUUCCGGCGGCCAUUCGGAGCGGCGACGGCCGCAGUGGAUGGAACGAAAAGGGAAAAAAAAAUAUUUCGGGUUUUUUUCGGUUUUUUUUUUUUUUGAAGAGCCGUGAGCCCGGUCGUGACAACACGCGCGUUUUUCCCCCCUAUUUUACGUGAAGUAAUGUUUUUAUUUUCUUCUCGGCCAAAGCAAGGCUGAAAGACAUUCGGUGAUCGGCUGAUGUGUGUGUGUGUGUUGUAACGGCGUGUAAUUUGAUGUUUUCGCCGGGUUUGCAAAGGCGAAAAGAGUGUGGAAGUGCGAGUCUGAAGAAAAGAUCCAAACGGUCGUAUAAGGAUAAAUAAGGAAACGUCUAGUAGGAGGAGUCUAUAGAAUGAGAGAAAUGCUGUCGGAUAUAUAUGUAUGUAUGUUGGCUUGUGUGUCGUGUGUAAAUCAUGGCUGUGUGUAACAUUGUGACCCGAUGCGUCGCAGCCAUUCAGGUGGGGGUAGAUGGAGAAUAAGGGACUCUUGAAGUGUCAUCUUGUGCCAGCUCCGGGGCUCACAGCAGCGACAUAAAAGUUGAAUAGGUUAGGCUGAUUGGGACCGAACACACCACCACCUCUUUAAGUGGAUGAAUAGAUACGUGGUAGAAGUAGGAGGAGGAGGAGGGAGAAUAGGGGUUAUAGUAGCCCUGGACAGGAGAGAGAACUGGACACUGAAAAGAAGAGACAGCACUUCCGGCCGUAAAUGAUGGUGUGUCCCUGUGUGUUGAAGAAAAGGGAACUCUAAAGGUGGAGAGGACCUUUCUCUCUUUUUUUUCCAUCUUUUAUUAUUAUUAUUAUUUCAGGUGAGGGGGUAGAAUGGAAGAAGAAGCUGAGGCGACAGGCUGUCUGUCAGGUGAACCGCUCCUUUUUUUCUCUGCCCUAUUCUUCGAAGCAUUCCAGGUAGUACACAAAUCCUGGAGAAACCCCCUCUUUUAUAGUGUGCAUAUACUCUCCCCUAUAUGCAGUCACACACAGAGACAUACUGAGGCAGUCGUACACCUUUUCUCAAUUGGAUUCCCAACACACACCCUAAAACGGGCUGGAGAAGACGAAGAAGCUUAUAGAACACAUACCAAGGGUCUCUCUCUCUCUCACUUGGUACCAUAUCCAUAAAGGUCGACUCAAUUCUGAAAUGAAAUAAAAAUUUGGAAAAAAAAAAACAGGAAUGUCCAGCGUUCAGUGAACAGGACUGGUGGAAAUUACCAGUCACUAGAUAGAGGUGUAGGUUGUGCGCAUUCCAAACGACAGGUUGACCUUUGUGACCUGCUAGGGAAUAGAAUCCAGCCCGUCAAAUUGAGCCAACAUAUAAACCGCCCAUUAGCUUAUUUUUUUAUCUUCUUCUUUUUUAAAAGAAAUUUUGUUUCUUAUUUCAAACGGAUUGUGUGUGUGCGUGUAGGUGGACACAUUCUAUCGCAGGGCGGCGACCGAGUCGAAGAAGUGAACCACAUCUCGCCAAGGAAUCUCGGGUUAUUAUAUCUGUAAAAGAACGCGCGCUCCGUUUGUGAUCCGUCCGUCUGAUGGGAUAUCGAUUAUGUGAAGGAAACCGAUCAUGUUAUUCUUUUUUUCUUUCUUUCUUUUUCCUCUCUUUUUAUUAUUAUAACCCAGAGCGCAGAGAAAAGAGCGAGAGACACCACGUGAAGUGGAGGAAAAGAUAAGAUCUGGAGAUGUGAUUGCGAUUGGACAGUGACAUCAUAUGCACGGUGUCGGUGUAUAACACGAACCUCCACCAUCGACACUGUGUGAGCUCUAAAGCGGCGCAGUUUCCCUCCCAUUUUCUUCCUUGUAAACUUGUACACUCGUCCCGGUGGUGGUAACACAUAAGAUAUGAGACUUCCCGAGGUGUUUCACGUGACAUUGCGCCCAACCCGAACAUACCGCCCGGACUAAUGGGAUACCCGCUGAGGGUCUCCUCGGGAUAAAAAAAAAAGAAGAGAAGAUGGAAAGAAGAGGAAUCAUUUGACAGCAUCUUGGGGGGUCAAAAGACAUGCGCGCGCUAGUCUCUUCUAGCCGGAGCUUUGAUGUGCGCAAAGAGCUUUUGAGAUUUUUUUUUAUAUUAUUUUUUUCUGACUUUGAAAUGAAUAGAGAAAAAAAAGAUGAGGAAACUGGAGAGUGAACAAGAUCCAAUGAGCUGAUGCAUUGUUUCUCGUUCUAUUAAGCUGUAGAUGAUGCUAUUAAGUUCAGGGCAGGGCACUUGCACCUUGUAAAUGCUGCGCAAAUCAAAAGCCAGCGCGUCAUUGUCAAUUGGACAAUAAAACAACAAAAAAAUUGUUGGAUGAAGAAGAACGGGCCGAAAGAAAAGCCUGUUCCACAAUUGAAUGUGUAUACAUUUCCCUCGGGAAAUGUCUAUAGAACACCCCAGGAAAAAAAAUCUUGUCGUUUUCUUUUUUCUAGUAUGAGAGAUGAAUUUCUUUUGGGGCUAUUGGAGAAAAAUGAAAGGCCACCUUCUCCCGUAGGCUUGAAUGCAUAGAGAGAGAAACAGUUGGUGGUAGCUUUGUGCUGCUAGUGUUCCCUCAUCCGGUUCCCUGCGUCUUGUUCUUUUCUCAUUUGGACGAUGGAUCGGCCGCUCUUCACUCACCUGAGAGAUCCGUCCCCGGAGAGAAAAGAAAGAGGACACAAGUGGAGGUCGUACGCGCCAAAGACACAAGGACGAAGACAAUGUCGCGUUCCACAAGAAUGAGAAGGUGUCAGGGCCGCCUGCCGAGUCAGCCCAAGCCACUUUGCCAAAAGGACUUUGGGGGGUUGGUUGUGUGGCAUUGUUUCCCAUCCAUGACACAUGCAGCCUCCCUCUUCUUCUUGCACACAUCCUCUCUCUAGACGUGGUGGUGAUCUCCCUUUGGCUUUAUUUCCCUGCUGCUACCACUACUUGGCCAUCGUCUUCUCUUUUCCCUUUUGUGAUGGCGCAUACACAACACCUGAUAGCCUCGGCAUUAAAAAAAAGACGUGCCCACCUCCCCCCACCUGUGUUUUUUCUUCUUCUCCUCCCCAAAGUCUUUUCUUUUCUCGUUUUUUUGUAUGUGUGCGCUAGGAUUCGUUUCAUAAAAGAAAAAAAAAUUGACUUUUUUUUGGGUUGACUCUAUUGAAAACGAUUCACUUUACUUACAGUUCGUUUGUGUCCGCGUGCCUUGUAAAAGAAAAAUGAAGAAAAGGGCCGGAUGUUGAAUAAUAGCUUUUGCAAGACACAAUAAACGCCAAUAAUGGGCUGCUGUGACGCUUCAGGUAGUUGAGGCAACAAACGUCACAUUGUCAAUCCCUCGACGGUCGGCCGGAAUGUCUAGGAAUGGCCUGCCGAUGAAAUAUGUGGAUGCGAUUUACCAUCGCUAUCGCUUUUGUGUUUACCUUGACGGUGCGCGUUGUUGUUUUCUGUGGGACCUACAUGAAAUUGUGGGCCGAAACAAUCAAAUCAGUCGGGGGAAAGGCCUGUUUUCUGCUUGUCAUUCAUCAAUUUUUCAAAAAAACAAUAUCAGCCGUCGGAGGUAUUACAUUGUGUGUACAAACACGACGUAAUCCGCGUUACGUUACGGCCUCCAACUUGUACCUGCAUGAAAAUAGGCGGACAGAAAGGAAUCACAAACAGACGGGGAUCCGAUCCGUCUAUGUAAAACACUGGGGAAAAGAACAACUUUGAUGUGAGCGGAGGAGGCGGAUUUUUCUAGCGUCUUGUAAGUUGUUUGAAUUCAUGUUUGUGUAAUGGGACGUGUGUCACGCCGAGGUUAAGUUAGAGGAAUAACGUUUCUCCGGCUUUUUUCUUCUUCUUCUUCUCCUCCUUUUUCUCUUGGAAUGAAGUGGAUCUGCACCCCUGCGUUACAUCCGCUUGCGCAUAAUUUUGAGUCGAACGCGCUAAAGUUUUCGUGUUCAAAUCACUCUAACAUUUUGUGAAGGAGACAAACUGUGCGAUCAGGAGAAGAAAAGACAAGAGUUUUUGUUUGAGUUGGCCGUUGGGUAAAGAAUAAGGAAAAAAAAAAUCUCCCGUCGCUAGCGCGUCCGAUCUCAAAGCUAAGAGGUGGUGAUCGAUGGACGAUUAAAUGGCCUUUUUUUUUCUCUUCUUCUUCUACGGGGGUUGUUUCUUUUUUCUUCUUAUUUUUUGUUUGGGGAAUGAGAGAAUAGAAAAUAUCCAUGAGAUGCGUGUAGUCUCGGUUGACUCCGUGGGCCGUGUGAUGUAGGAUCUGCAUAUUCACGCGACUGUCGUCGACGACGACGACGUCGGUUCCUUAGCGUGUCUGCCUUUUUUGCAUACGAAAUUUUUGGUUUAGAGCGCGAACGCGGGACUCCACUGCGCAGCGGUGAGUCGAGUUCCGGCCUCUUGUUUUGCUUUGGCGACGGGAUCCAUGGCUCAUGGAAGCCAAGGCAAAGAGAAAGACUCGAAUAGACGAAAAGAAGAAUGAGAAACAUUCCAAAGAAGAAGAAAAAAAAGAAUAUAGUAGUUUGGUCUCAAAAGUUUUAAGCGCGCCACCUACGGUGAAGCAGUUGACCGACGACUCUGCUCGGUUGGAGCAGAGAUACUCCCCCACACAAAUAGGAGGGAGGUCUGCUCUGCUGCGACCGUCAUCAUGGUAGACAUCCAAGUUUGUUUCAGAAAUUAUCGACAUUCACCGCUAAAGGGGCCGAGGUGCUAAUUAUUCACGGGGCGUCCCCGUAUACGAGAGGAUGGCGCUCUUUUAGGUGUCUUUUUCCCAGCAGCUCACGGGCCACUCUGGUAGAUGAGAACAUGUUGUAAGAGGAGAAACUGUUAAGAAAUUAAAGAGAGAGAGAAAGAAAGAAAAAAGGAAAACGAGGUUGAAGGGGGUCGUGAGAAGAACGACGAGAAUGCCGGGGCCUAUAGGAGGUUCAUUGGGCGUUCGACCAGAGCGCGCCAACUCUAAAAAAAUCUGCUGCACAAAACUUAUUGGGGGCCACCUCCCUCCAGUGAAAUACAUUCUUUCUGGUGUAGCUGAGGUCCCUCUUUUCUUUGCUGUAAUAACCGCCUCUCUCUCUCUCGUGCGUGUGGAAACCUUUUUUCUUCUUCUACUUCUUCUCUUGUAUAAGCCAGAGAGUGUAUAUCUCUCUCUCUCUCUCCUCUUAUAACUUGACAAUGCUUGUUUAUCCACCACCAACUAGUUCCCUUAUUUUUUCUAUUUUAUUUUACUUUUUACCUGACGUCAAUGACGCGUGUCAUUUUCUUGUUCUCUUUUUUUCUCCUCCUCUUUGCCUAUUCUCUCUCUUUUUUUUAUCUAUUCUGGUUUGAAAAUAAUAAAUAAAUAUUAACAAAUAAAAUAAAAGGGAAACGUCUGGUAUCUGCUCUGAGGUGACUUCAACGCCCGUGUUCCAUCAGAGCGGUCCUCUCUGUUUCUACGUCAAUCAAACAUGUAGAUUCAAAAAACGGCUUGACAGCUGAUUUGAAAGCUCUUUUCUCUCUCCGAUCUCUUGGCUUGUUCCAUCUCUCGUGCCCUUUUUUUUCCUUACUUCUCCUGCGUUAGAUUUCUUGGCUCUUUUGGUUUUAUGUCUAAUGUGAUGUGCAGCAACUAUGGAUGCGGUCGUGUACACUCAACUUGUUUGUUGGUGGGCCCCUUGUUUCUCAUACACACAACACUGACAAGAUCACUCUGCGAGAAAGAGAGAGAGACGGCCGGUGUCUGAUUGAUUGAAACGAUUCCAGUGUUCCACCAUCAACCGGUACAAAACUACAGACUGACGUUGGCUUCUUUUAUCUCUCUCUCUAAAGCGUCCAUGGCCAACAGCGAAGAUUGGCUCUUUUAUAAUCUUAUAGCCUUGGACUCGGACCAGCUUAUGCAUAUUGUUUCACAAUGAUGCUGUCAAUUGUCCGCCGCUUUUUCUUUUCUCCGUGUUUUUUUUUUUUUCAAUUCCCUUUGGAAUUAUUAAUCGAGUGACGGUUUUCCUUUCGACGUGUCAAAUUGUGCGCGUAAAGUUGACUAGCGUUGCUAGCAGUGUUUUGCUGGAAGAGAACCGAAAUGAAACUUUGUUGUUUCCUUUUUAUUAUUUCAAUAAAUUCUUAUUUUGCCGUGUUCAGUUGGACCUUUAUAUUCUUCCCUUUUGUCCCAGGGUGUCGCGCUGACUAAAAGGCCUAAUUGAUUGGGCAAUAUCCAUUUGACCGUUGGUUGAUUUGUUUCUCUUAGUCCUUUUGUUGAAUUCCCCAAUUUGUGUCCGUCUCUUUUAUUCCCUUUAUUUAUAACCGCCGUGUUGUAUAGGAGACGGAUUAGAUACGAAUGUUGUAUACAAGACUAUAGGUACGGGUGUAUAUUAGACACACGGUUUUUUGGAUGAGAUGAAAGGAAAAGGUCCUUUUUUUUGUCCGUUUAUGACCCGUCAUCUUAUUGAGUUUCACAUCACUUUUCGUCCAACACACGUAGCCACAUUGAGGUGGUAAGCAACUAUAGUGAUUUUUUUAGGUGUUGUUGUUGUCGUUGUCUGUCUUGUUGUUGAGAAGUUCUUUGGUAGUAGUUGUGGUGGUGUGUCCCCGGUACUAAAAGCCCACAGGGUCGGACAAAAGCCAUCACAAUAAGACCUCGUUUCUUUCUUCUAUUUUUUUCUUCUUCUUUCCUAUUUGGGUAUUGUGUGUUGUGUGCGGAAUGAACAUGUCAGGUCUUUCGCUCGAUUCCUCCUGGCUCUUUAGUUUUGUACCUUUUUUUUCCGCCUGGAUAUUUCUUCUACUUGGCCUCCUCCAUUUAGAUGUUGUAUCCGCAUCUCGUACCACUUGAUGUACGGCAGCCAAGUUCACGUGUGUGUUCCUUUCGUCUUGGUGUGUAUCUUGUCCAUCUAUCGAUAAAUGUUGGGCCUGCUGCUUCCGAGCUUCUCUUUUUUUUUCCAUGAGAUUCUUCCAUUCCAUUACCUUCAACUUCUGUUUUUUUUUCUUCUUCUAGUAGUACAACGGAUGAUGAGAUAAAGACAAAUGAAGAGUGACAACAAUGGAGUAUCUUCUCUCUUUUUGACGUUGUUAUUAUUUCGCUACUAAAUUUAUACAAGGAGACAGCGGAACAUUGACGAGAAUAAUAAAUUGAGAACCCCGAAUAAUGGCCACAUUAUUGCGUACCUAUCUUUUCUCUUUCAAAACAUAACCAAGUUGCGGGCGUGUACCCCCGAAAGUUUCUUGGCGAUUGCGGCACCUGAAGGAAACCCAUCGUUGCACCUCUUGUUUCGACCCUUCGGCCAUUGAAAAUUGUCAAGCUUUAUAUACAUGUCCUGCAUUCUCGCCAUCAUAAAGGAAAUAAGGGAACCCUUCAGAAACAAAAC